AUUGGGAUUGGGACGUGGGGAGGUUAGGUGUUAUUUCAAUUGACCUUACAUAAGAGUGUUGUUUUAAUAAUUUCUACAUUGGAAAAUAUCAUCAUGCUCUCUUCAGCCAAGAACAUGUUGCCAGCAGCUCAAAAUGUAAGUAAGCUGUUGCAGCAAAAUGGAGCUAUGUCCUUUGCGGCGGUCAGGAAGCAGUCAACAGAAGUCGCACCUAAACAGGAGGGAAAAGACAAACCAGCAAUACGACCGUACUCACCAUUCAAAACUGACGGUAGCUGGGCAGAGUUUGCCUUAGCUCGACUUGAUGACAUUGUCAACUGGGGAAGAAAGGGAUCUAUCUGGCCCCUGACGUUCGGCCUGGCGUGCUGUGCCGUAGAGAUGAUGCACAUUGCUGCACCACGUUACGACAUGGACAGGUAUGGCGUUGUGUUCCGAGCCUCCCCACGACAGGCUGACUGUAUCAUUGUGGCCGGCACGCUCACCAACAAAAUGGCUCCUGCCCUGCGCAAAGUUUAUGAUCAGAUGCCUGAGCCCCGUUGGGUGAUCUCCAUGGGUAGCUGUGCCAAUGGAGGAGGUUACUACCACUACUCCUACUCCGUAGUGAGGGGUUGUGACAGAAUCAUACCUGUAGACAUUUACGUUCCUGGAUGUCCGCCAACCGCUGAAGCCCUUUUGUACGGGGUUCUUCAGCUGCAAAAGAAGAUCAAACGCAUGUCCACACUGCAGAUGUGGUACAGACGAUAAGUCAACGGUUAGACGAGCGAGUUAGCUUCACUCUUGUUGUCCCAAGACAACGUGUUGUAUAUAUCCCCUGGUGAAACUCUGCCCUGCCAAGGGAAAAUGUAUUUGUUUAAAGUUAAAUAAAUAAAUUAUUGUAUA